UAUACGGCCUACGCCAACCAAACCGAACAUGAAUUCUCUUGUAGCAGACUACGCUUCUUCCUCAGGCUCAGAAUCGGAGUCUGAAGCUAAGCCUAGGGUUCCGAUUUAUCGUCGAGAAAAACAAAGUGAAAAGCAACAGAAUCUAUUGACAAGUCAAGACACCUCAGACUCGGACUCGGAUAAUUAUCAGAAGAAAGACUUGUUUAAACAAUCUCUAAAGAAAUCUGCAAUCGGGAAGUCCGUAGAAAAGGAAAGCGAUGAUAACAGUUCUUUGCCUUUGCCUCAAGGUUUCUCAUCAUCAGAAUCUUCUGAAGGAACCAAGAACCUCAUCAGUUUAUCUGUCUUUGCAAAUCCCUUUGAGCAAGCCAGACAAGAUCAACUAUCUAUCCUUGAAAAACAUGUGAAGUUGAAGGAACAAGAAAAGCCAGAGAGUGCUGGUGAUAGAGGAAAUAAAAAAAUUUGCUAUAAAUUUCAGAAGGGAAAAUGUAGGUUCGGAGACACUUGUAAGUUCUCUCAUGGAGCUGAUCAUAAGCCUGUGGUGCUUACUGGGGGAAAUCAAGAACCUUAUCCUAGUGCUUCAAGUGGAGGCUACAUGGGGGCGCCCUUCCAGGAUGGAUAUUAUCAAGAUAGUGAGGGACAAAGAGCAGAAGAUGAGGAAGAGACUGUAAGAAAGAGGAGAAAAGAAAGAGCAGGACUGAGUGAGAAACUUGUUCCAUCCAAGAAAGCAAUGAGAAUAUAUAACCGGCAGAGAGAACAAGAUAGACCUUGGACUACAAAGAGAUAGCUUCAAUUAAAAUGUCAUUCUGAAUUUGACAAUUACACUAUUUAUUUAAUAAUACCUGCUAAUUCUAUAGCACACAGAUAUACCUUUCAGCGCUUCAAGAAAGUGAAUAUAUAAAUCAUAUAUUAGAGAUAGAUUAGAAAUUUAAAUUCGGAUUCCCCUGAACACAAUACACUAUUCAAUCAUUACUAAGAGAUGAUCAAGUACUAGAUUUUCAGUUUGGAUUUGAAUGUUUUGAAAGAUUAGUGUAAUCAGAUAAGUAGUUGAUUCCAAAUCUAUGAUCCUACGUCUGAAAAAGCAUGAUC